AGUCAUCGUGCUCAUGUCGGGGCUCGGCAACUUGAUUCCGCUUGGGAAGAAGGAAGACAAGUCCAAGAAGAGCGAGGACCUCACGAGUGGCCUCAUCCCGAUCGGUGGCAAGGCGCCAAAGGACGACGAUAACGUCGAUGACUUUGAUCUGGACGACCUUCUGAGCGACACGCCCAAGAAGAAGGCGGAUGACUCGCCUGGCAAGUCGUCCAAGAAGAAGAGCUCCAAGUCCAAGUCAAAGUCGUCGCCAAAGUCCAAGUCGGACAAAAAAUCCAAAAAGAAAGACAAGUCGUCCAUGGACUGGGAUGCGUCCGGCGACUUGGGUGCGUCCGACGAUGCCUUUGCGUCGCCGCCCAAACCGUCGUCGUCAUCGCGGAAACCCUUGUCGUUUGAGAACGACGACGACGUCAUCGCGCAGCUAGCCAAAGGCCCCGCCAAGAAGAAAAGCAUGCAAAACCUCGAUGACGAGUUUGCCAGGGCACUUGGCUUUGACGAAUCCGAGUUCUUAUCGGCGACGAGCCCUACGAACGAUGCAGAUACCGAGGACCAGCCGCCACCGCCGAGUGCGCCGCCACCGGCACCAGAGCCGUCUUCGGCCCCCGCACCCGACGACCGGUUCUCGCUCGCGUCGUCCUUCUUUCAAGACGAUGCUGGCGAUGAGAAACCGAAAGAAGACUCGUUCUCGAGCGAUCGGCGCGGCCGCGGACGUCGUAGUAGCACAGCAAUGAUGGACGACGAUCCAUUUGCGAAAAAACCGUCCAAAAUUGAGAGCCUCGACAUCUUUGGGUCGUCGCGCCGACGCAGCGACGGCACGGACGCACCGACCAAGCCGUCUUCAACUACACCGCCGAAAGCCACCCAGGUCACCCCGCCCAAGGCAGCCACUGCCGACGUGACACCGCCCAAGACGUCCGCACCGGACAGCGAUCUGCCGGCGUUUCCUUGGAUGAAGAAGAAAACGGGAGCAGAGCCAACACCGACACCGAAGGAAACUCCACCGGUAUCCGAGACAAGAGCCGACACGGCCGAGGCAACACCGAGCUUUCCAUGGAUGCGUGCCAAGGCCGACGCACCAAAGCCCACAGACGAAGCGGUCGUCGACGACCCGCCAGCGGCGCGGCGUCGAAGUACCAAAGCUCCAAAAGAUGCUGACGAUGUGGAUCCGUUUGGUACUGACGAGACGCCGUCAUUUCCGUGGAUGAAGAAGAAGACCGAAGGAACGCCUGAUGUGACCAAGGCAGACACGAGCAGUAGUGACAUGCCAUCUUUUCCGUGGUCCAAACCAAAGGUCGACGAGCCGCCGCCGCCAAGUGCCAAGUCCAAGACACCGCCCAAAGCUAUCGAAACAAAAACCACCGACGACGACGAGUUGCCCGAGUUUCCAUGGCUUAAGAAAUCCAAUCCCAAAGAAAAUGUUCCGGCACUUCAGGAAGCCAAAGAACCGCCCAAGACUGUACCACUGGCGACGCCAUCCCCCGAGAAGCCCGUGGCGGCACCGUCACCCGAAAAACUCGAAGAGCCCCCCACACGACCCCGGCCGCGUGUUGACACGGCCCCUCCUUCAGAACCCGAGCCAUUUCGAGUGCCGGACGAGCCUGUGAUCAAUCCCAGCGUGGUACUGGAACCAACGCCAGCAGAGCCGCCACCGGCCAGCUCGCCAGCGCGGUCGCCAUCGAUACCAAUGGCCACAGAGGCUCCGCCCCGUGCGCCGUCGCCCGUGUCCCCCCGGCGCACGUCCAUCGAGGCACCGCCGUCACCAACCCACCGCGGCAGUGGCAGUGGCUUUGACAAGUCGGCAUCGUCGCCACCAAAAGCAGCAACGGGUUCGCCGACGCGGGCGCCGGGCUACGGCGGCGACGACGGCGGGGGACCGCAACGGCUCAGCCCGGCGUCCCGCGGCACAUUCCUCGACAAUACUAUGAUCGUGCCCGCAUUCAUUUCGCACCAACUUGAAGCCAGUCAGGCGCUCGUCGCGAGCUUGGAGGCGCAGGUGCAGGCGCACUCCGCCGACAAGACAGCGCUGCAGUCGGUCCACGACCAAGUGUUGUCGUCUCUCAGCCACGAGACGGCGCGGGCAGCGGGUUUUGAGAGCGAUCUUGCUGCCUCGAUGGCAGCUUGCGCGGCUGCGACAUCCGAGGCAUCGACACUCCGAGCGGGCAACGCGACGUUGACCACUCAAGUCGGUGCGCUCACGCAAGAAAAACAGGCGCUGAGCACGGAGCUCACCAUGCUACGUGUACAAGCCUCUUCGACCGCCGACCUACAAGCGCAGAUUGCCCAGCUCCUUCAAGACAAGAGCAUUCUGCAGGCCGAGCUCCAAAACGUGUCGUCCAAGCUCGUCCUGGCGCAGCGCGAUCUCUCGUCCGAACAAGCACUCCACGCGCAGAGUGUCGAGCGGUUCAAACGGCUCGAGCACGACCGCGCCCAGGAAGCCCUCCAGCAGCAGCGUUGGCGCGACGAAGAGAACCGGCACGCUGAGAAGGAGGCGGUUGAGCGGCUCUUGACCCAAGUGCGCGCGGCUGUGAGCAACCUCAAGGUGCUACAAGAGAACGUUGUGUUUGGCAAAUCCGAAGCCGACGUGCGCAGCAUGGGCGAGAACGAGUCGCGGUCGCGCCUUCUGCUCGAGAUGGAGGGCAGCUGCAAGGCGUAUAUGAGCCGGACGCAGGAAGAGUGCCAGCGUCUGCAAUCGCUGCUCUCGGCGCUUGAAACCACGAUGCGGUCGCUUCGAGGCGAGCACAUGGAGGAGAAGGAGCGACUGCGCAGCGAGCAAGCGCGUCUCGAAGAGCUCGCGUUGCACUUCAAGUCGCAAACGACACUGCUUCAAGAGCGCACCGACACCAACACCAAAGUUGUGUCGCAAACCCUCGCCAGUUAUAUCCAAGACAUUCGUAUUGCCGAAGCACGCAUGCACAAGCGCCGCGAACAGCACCAAGAAGAAGAGCGGUCGUUGCACAUGGCCCGCGCGGCGUUUGCUGCGCAGCAGGAAGAAGCGCUUCGCGACCAGCGCAUCGUCCAAGAUCGACACCAAGCCGAGGCCCAGCGGUUGAACGAAAAGCUCGGUCGACUUCGGGCCGAGAAGCACGCGUUCGAAGACAUGAUUGCGCGGUACGCGACCGAAAUGGAGACGCUGGCCGAGAUGCAGCGUCAUCUGGACAACGAGAAAGACUCCCUUCGCCACGCUGCGCAGUGCGUCGAAGCCAUGGCCGAGAAGGUCAAGGCCGCGAGCGAAGUGAGUGCGGCCAACGAGCAGCGCGCGCUGGAAGAGCGCGACCAAGCGCAAGCGAUGCUGGAAGCCAUGCACGACGAACGGCUCCGCCUCCAAAAGCACUGGAGCCAAGUCGACGAGCGCGAGCGACGGCUCCAAGAGGAAAUCAAGUACAUGGACGCGACGCGGCGCAAGCUCACCGAGGAACGGUCGAGCCUCCUCACGCACCGACGCCACGCGCGGUCGGCCACCGACUGGUCGCGCCCACCGGCACCCAUUGCGGCUGUGAGUUACGCUCGAGAGUACGAGGCGUCGACACCGCGCUCUAACCAGACGCCACCGACACCAACACCAGCAAUGUGGCGACCAGAGGCGAUGCCCCAGCAUAAGGACCCGACAGGUCUAAGUCCGUCGUUUCGGACCGAGAUGGAAGGCUUCUGGUCCAAGGGCAGCGGGAUGGAUCCGGCGACGUCGCGCCAAACGGCGCAGCUCAAGGACCGUAUGUUUCUCUCGUGUGUGGGACUGGACCACUCCAAAUACACGCCCCCGCGUGCCGGCGUACCAAUGUCCACGUACGGGCGCACGCCGUCACCAUCGCUAGGUUCGUUUGCACUCUGACAGGACAGAGAUCGCGCUGUCUUUUUAGUCCAACCAACUAUAACUUUUUUACGCAACACUGAGGAGAGCGCGACACACUCGUACCUUGGCCGUCGA